AAACAGAUUUUAAUAACAAAUUAACAAUGGUGUCUUUCGUUUUAUCCAUCUCUCCACAAAGUUGUCUACUUCCACGAUUACCCAUCUCUGAUUCUAUCAAUCGCAAAUCGAAACUCGUGUACUGUCUCUCCACAAGUGUCCGAGGAAGCUCCGUCAAGAGACAAUCCACGGCCAGAACUCGAAGGUUCACUGAGACAAAUCGUCGAACACCUUCCGUGCAAUCCAAACAUGAAUUCUGGGAAGACCCAGAUGAUGGUAGCGACAGUGAAAACGAAGAUGAAGAAGAAGAUGGUAUUGGGAAUGAUUUAGAUUACGAAAGUGAUUGGGAAGAUGAUGACUCGAGAGCCCAGAAACUUACUACAACAGACAACUACGAGGAAGAGCUUGCAAAAGAGGUUGAACAACUUCUUGAACCUGAAGAAAGAGCAAUUCUUCAGCAAAAUGAGAAACCAAAUCUCAAGAUGAUCUCAACAAAGAGUUGGAAACCACUACAGACACUUGCUCUGUCAAUGCAGAUUCAGUUAAUGGAUAAUCUCAUUGCAAAUGGACUAGACAUUGAUGAUGUUGACAAGGACAACCAAACCGCUCUUCAUAAAGCAAUCAUUGGUAAAAAAGAAGCGGUGAUUAGUCAUCUUUUGAGGAAAGGAGCAAAUCCGCAUCUUCAAGAUCGGGACGGUGCAGCUCCGCUUCAUUAUGCAGUUCAAGUUGGAGCCUUGCAGACUGUAAAACUACUAAUCAAGUACAACGUAGACGUCAAUGUUGCAGAUAAUGAAGGAUGGACUCCUUUACAUAUCGCUGUACAAAGCCGAAAUCGAGACAUUACAAAGAUCUUGUUGACCAAUGGUGCUGAUAAAACAAGACGAACAAAGGAUGGGAAACUAGCUUUGGACUUGGCUUUGUGCUUUGGAAGAGAUUUCAAUUUCGACACUGGCGCCCAUGGAAGUGCCUUUGCCAUCUGUACUACCAAAGGCUUACCCAAUGGUCUGCCUUCACAGUAUCUAGGGCUCAUCUCAAACAAUGAAGAUUUCUCCAAUCAUAUAGUAGCAGUUGAUCUUGAUACAAUGAAGAGCAGUGCAUUUGGUGACAUGAAUGAUAACCAUGUUGGUAUCGACAUCAAUGGCUUGGAAUCAGAGAACGCUUCUUCAGCAGGUUAUUACGAAGACGAUGGUACUUUCAAAGACAUGUCUCUUGUCAAUCGAAAACAGAUACAAGCGUGGAUUAAAUAUGAUUCCUCAAGGAAACAGCUUGAUGUCACACUGCAUUCUAUCAAUGUCCCUAAGCCAAAGAUUCCACUGCUUUCUCUAACCAAAGAUCUGUCGCCAUAUCUCCUCGAGUCUAUGUACGUUGGCUUCACUUCAUCCACAGGCUCUGCUCUUUCAUCUCACUAUACUCUUGGUUGGACUUUUAAGCUAAAUGGGAAAACUUCAAAUAUAGAUUUAUCUCGUCUACCAAAACUUGUGACUCUCGGAGUAGUCUGAAAAAGAUCUUGGCUAUAAGUUUGAGUUUAACUGUCGUCGCUGUCCUCAUCAUCUUAUCAUUAGAGUUUAUAAAAGGAGGAAACAACA